AUGGUUUCUUUUUUACUUGCCCAGUUGUGCUUUGCAGCAGCUCUCGUCAACGCGUCUCCCUCUCACCAGUCAAAGCCAUAUUUCAACUGGGACGAUACUAACUUUAUUUUGGCAUUCGGUGACAGCUAUACCUACGUCCAAGGUACAUCCGGCCGACAAAAUUACUCAUUCAUCGGAGAUCUUCAAAACUACUCUUUCACGCCCGAGAAAUUGCUCAGUGACGAGAUAGUUCAGAACCAAAUUGGCACUUCAGCAGGUGGACCGAAUUGGGUUGAGUAUCUGACAGGCUGCUUCUCCGGACUACCCUCACGAUGCAAGAAGCAACUUUGGAACUUUGCCUUUGCUGGGUCAGAUGUAUCGACUAAGUAUACCCCACUCCACCACAACUACAGCGUCUCCUUCACCAACCAGAUCGCCCAAUGGAACACCUACGCGCGUCCCAUACUCCCUGUGACGCUCUCCAAAUCCAUCGUCGCAGUCUUCAUUGGCAUAAACGACAUAAGCGAUUCAAGCAAAUACACAUUCCCCCGAGCUAACGCCAGCGACUUCCCCUCCUUCUACAACCAGAUAAUCAACACCGAGUUCGAGGCCCUGGACACAGUCUACCAAGCCGGAUAUCGCAAUUUCCUGUUCAUGAAUUUACCACCGCUGGAAAGAACUCCAGGAAAUGUCAAACCCGGUAUAACACCCCUCCCAAACAGCACUAUGCUCCAAACCUACAAUACCCUCCUCUCCACCGCCACCUCUACAUUCGCCACCACGCACCCCGGCACAAAAUCCAUGCUCUUCGACACCUACUCCUUCCUCACCUCCAUCCUAGACAACCCGGCCCCCUACGGCAUCACAAACACUACAUCCUUCUGCCCGCGCUACGACGCGCCCGAUAUCGAGACCAAUUAUGCCGCGUACGGAUGCGUGCCGCUUGAACAGUAUUUUUGGUAUAAUAGUGGACAUAUCACGUGGAGAGUGCAUGGGUUUCUUGCCGGGGCCGUGAGGGGGUUCUUGGAGAGCGAGGGGUAUUGA